CUCCUUGUCUUUAUUUACAACUGGUUCUGAGACUAGAAUUGCACAGUGAGCUGCUAUGAAGUCUCACUAAGGAGUAAUUGGUAAAAUGGGCCUGAUGCGUUCAUGACGAGAGUCUCCUCAUUCAUUCAUUUGUCUCCUGCAGACGUUUCUGUGGUUUUCUUCAAGGAGCCGACCCAGUCUGUCCCAGAUGGAAACCCAGCUGCUGAAUUCUGGAGAACCAGUUCAGGCAGCUCUGACUCGGUUCUACACACAGUGGAGUUUUACAUGUUUAAGGUUUGUGGAAAUGAAGUUCACAAGCAACUAUUGGACCUUCACCUGCGCAGCAUCCGGACAGAGCGUCACAUCUGGACCUCACACAGUGUCUCCUCGGGCUCGUAAUCAGUGUUCUGUCUUCACGAUCAGGCCCGGUCCAUCUUCAGGAGAUGAAAGAUGCUGCAGCCUUUAUUGGGAGACAUGGUUCUACUUCCUGCCGCCUCAUCAGAAUCACCAGAACCAGCCCAGUGAUGAUGGCGCCGUCAGCUCUUCUACUGAUGUCAGCUUGGAAUUGGACCGGGGCUGACGUCUUAUCUGUGGCAUCAGAGACCACGAUGCAGAGACAGCGGGCGGUCGAGGCCCUGCGGUGGAACAUCGCAUCACCGAUGAGAAGGAAGCGCGAGACGGUGGAAAGAAGGCAGCGAGGACUUGGCAGGACCCGCGUGUAAAUCAGUGCUAAUCACUUUCUGGGGCUCUGACAGAGGAAGUUCAGGUUUUUCCUGCCCUGUAGAACAAACAGCAGGAGACUGAUUCAUGCGUGUACUGUAAGAACAAACACGGCCUAGACCGGGAGCAAGCAAUGCGAUUUGACUAAUGUAUCAGUCCAGUGCGAAGCAACAACCAGCACUGGUCUAAAGUCAACCUGGUCCAAACCCAGACCAGUCCUUAGGCCCGGCUUCAUGGCACCGGUUCCCGACUAAAUUGGAUCCAUCCCAUCACUAAGCUGCUUUUCAGCUUCCAAUCACCAGAACCUCUCUGCUUGUCAUGCUUCAUUACCAGAACCCGGCUCAGCUCCGCCUGGUGCUGUCCAUCACUGAUGCAUGGUGGUUCUGGUGAAACAUGAUCCAGGAGCAUGUGGGGUGUCAGUGGAUCCCUCCGCAGUCUUGUUUGUUCUGGAUGUGUGAUGUAGAUGCGUUAGUACAGUAUGAACACGUGUGAGUCUGGAUUCUGAUCUUGGGAGUUUUUUGGCUGAGCGAUGGAACGACCGAGAGAUGGAUGGAGACAGACCCGGAACCUUUCACCCUUCUGGGGGGCAGAUGUUGAGCCCUCAAAUCACUGUCUGAUCAAACAGACAGUGACAAACCUUCGCUUGUAUGUCAGUUAACCGCAUGUCCCUCUUCGGCUAUUAGCUAGCGUAGCUGUUAGCUGUGAGCCGCUGAUGUGACCCUCACAGGACUCUGGAGGUGGAGCCUUCCUGCAUCCGUCCCAGACACCUCUGCACACAAGCAUGUGGUAGCCUCUGCGACCUCUAUGACCUCUGCGACCUCUGUGACCUCUGCGACCUCUAUGACCUCUGCAGCCUCUGCGACCUCUAUGACCUGCUCUGAGGCUGGAUGGUGAAUACUCUUCUAAGAACAUUGGCAGUUCUCUAUUGAUUCAUGGACAACGUUCCUAAGCUCUAAUUAAUCAGGCUGAUUCCAGUUUAUUUCCAUGUUCUGUGGCUGUUUCUCUUCCUGUGAACACAGAAGCUGUGAGCAGUGUUUCACAGUCAAGGCCUCCAGAACCUGUAGUGGACCUGGGCCCGGCUCACAGCCGUUAGCCUUAGAAAGGGGAGGCCCAGUAAGGUGUUGACUGCGUCAGUGUAAAUAUGUGAAGGUGAGGAAAGACCCCAAACAGGAAGGAUGAUGAUGAUGAUGAUGAUGAUGAUGUUGAUGAUGAUGAUGAUGACGAUGAUGUUGAGUGUCUGACAUCAGGAAAAGAUCCCAGCUGUUGUGAUGACACUUUGACCUUUCUAGUAAACCUCCGUCCUGGUGGUAACUUUUGGACAGUUGCACAUCUGCAGCCACAUCUGACUCUGAGUUUAUAGACACCAGCCCAACGUGCCUUAUUGUUUAUUAUGUCUAUGUUUGAAGGACCUAAAGACAUGUGGGAACAACUGAACAAACGUGUAGUAAACGGGAAAAAGGGCAAACAGGUGAACCUGAUUAUGGCUUUAGUGAAAACCAAGACACAAGGAUUCACCUUUAAUCUGCUGAAAUGCUCAUAUAUAUAAUAAAUGGACGCUGACCUAACUGAGCAUCUCAACUCAUGAUGUAAAAUAAACAAAGGGAACACUAAGCGUUUGGCUGCGUCUUUAUCUCACCUGGAAAACCAGCAGAACCCGGAUUCACUGGAGGAAACACAACCUCUGGGAUUAUUCUGCGACUUUUGUUUGCUUUUGACACCUGAUGGUCCAUUUAUUCUUGCUUUUUCUUUUCUGCAACCAGUCAGAUAUUUUGUGACUCUGCACCAUUUCUGUGUGAAUAGUUUUGUUUAGAGAGGAAAAUGCUGGUGUGGCAUCAAUCCUCACUUCAAACACAGCAAAGUCCGUUUUCAGUGGCUUUUCCAAGCAACAACCUGUAGCCGUGUGUAGAUGGCCCCUCUCUAGAAAAGGUCCAUAUUCAGAAUAAAAUACUUCACAUUUCAGCGUCUUUCAGCGAGACUGUGGAAUUUCAGCAAAAUGCUGUAAAAAUGCUACAAACCUGAAUGGGCCAUUAAACGUCCACUGGAAGGAACAAAACAAAGGCCUCACAUCCACUGGGGAGGAGUGGGAGGACCUUCGCCCUAGCAUGUUAAUAAUAAUGAAUAUACAGAUGAUUAUAAAGCACAUUUAGGAAGCCACAUAUUGUGAAUGCUCACUCCUGUUCGUUGAUCAGGGAUGUUCUCACUCAUCAGCUGAGCUGCUGUGGUCUGUGGUCCAGGUGGGAGGAGGCUGUGAACCGCUGCUGGUUGCUACGAUGGAGGGAAACCCACAGGAACCGGAGGAACCUGAACCUCACAGCUGAUGGGUCCAAACCGACCUGAGGUUCCGGUGAUGAGCCCGUUUCAGACUUAAUGCCUUCCUACCUAAACAUUUAGCUACUAAAUCCUAUAUCUCAUAUGUGUGUAUGUGUGAAAGCAGCUGCACGCUGAUGGACACAGGCUGCCCGGCUCAGCGUCUCCUGACGGGUCUGGACCCGCUGCCGGGUCGGGUUUCUGCGGCUGCUGUGAAGUGACUGAGCAACGAUACUGAAGUGACAAACCACAGACUUGGUUGAGAAUAUGAAUAGGUUUGGACCAGCAGAUAUUCCUGUGGAAAAGAUAAUGAUGCCAGUUUGAAUGUAAGUGAGGUGUUAAGUACCAACAUACUGCCCUGUCAAAUGUUAAGUAUGAACAUGUGGUUGUCAUGGUAACCCUAAAUGUAAUGGGGCUACGUUUCCCUUUGUGGUCGAGCUUCUGUUGCAUAGAAACAUAAUAUUGACUGAAGGUGAAGCACCUGAACGUGAAGCCUUCAUCGUUUGAUCAUCUCUGUCGUGGCCGUUGGAACAACCUCACCGUUCUCCUGCUGGACUCGUCUUCUGUUUGUGCUACUUCUAGUGACUCGGCUCCACAGCUGGAUUUGAAAUCAGCACUAAUGAAAUGCUUGACUGUCACAGUUCAGUGACAGAAUGUGAUUAUGACAAAUGAUGGUGUCAGUAGUGGCUCCGUCCGCUCCGCCGGCGCUGGUGUGAGCGCCGUCCUUCCUGUUUCACAGGCUGCACCUGCUUCGCAGCGUCUGACUUCCUGCAGAUCCGGCGGCGCUGUCGUCUGGCGCCUGGUGGAGCCUUCACUGCCCUCCUCAGUGUGGCUCUGUUCUGGACUUCUCCAUCAAUCUUCCAUGUUUUGGUGUCAGUUUCGAGCUGAAGCCGUGUUGAUGCUGGAUCCGUUCCACCAGUUGAAUCAGUCGGGCUCUCAGUUGUGUGGUUUGACACAGUGAAGCGCCACCUUCUCUGCUCGGUGGGACGCUGCAGCUCGUCAUGUGCUCAGCAUCGUACACACAUGCUGCACAGAGCUCUGCCUGCUUUAUAUCUGUCCCACGGCCCGGUUUAGAGCGUGUGUCUGGGCCUGUGACCGCGGUCCUGGUCGCUGCAGCUGGCCGCCGCUCACUCAGGCUGCAUUUGCUAUUUGCUGGAGCAGCUGCAUAUGUGGCUGAGAAUAAAACAAGUCCCUUGGUGAUUAUCUGUGACCCUGAAAGUGUUCAGAGGCUCCUGAAGGGUUUGUUUUAACAGCAGAUCCUGUCCUGCCUCAACUAGAGGAUUGAUUUCACUACAUGAUUUGAACUGAAUUCAUCUGCAUUUGGAUCCAAUAGUAGAUCGUCUGUGCGACCGCUGUCUUUCAUUAAAACCUCCCAGAAGCUGAAAGCAAACAAACAAAAAAUAAAGUGGUUGUUUUGUGAUUCUCACAAUGAAAACAUUUAAUGUAGCUGCUCGCUUUGAUCAGUGCUCAUUGGUUUUAUUAGUGAAGCUGAUCAGACUCUACAUUGUGGAUUGUCUACGUCCACGUGUUGGUGCAUUUCCACAUAUUUGAUGUCAGAUUCUUCCUGGAAAAGCUCAGCACCUCUGUCUCCAUGUCUGAGGCAGCAGCAGUGCUUUGGUUGUCAGGCAUCACCGCCGGAGCAGCAGCUUCGUGCCGGGGAAUUGAUGAGAAUUUGGAACUAGAAAAUGGAGAAACCAAAGACGUGGUUGCAUUAAUUAUGGCAGACGGUCAGUUUGCAUAAAAAUGAUCUGACAAGCAUGUGAUUCAUAAUCCAGAGAACCACACUCAGGUGAAUUUCUGAAUAAAUGCCUUGAAGCAACGGAGACGUGUGGGUGGAGCUGAAGGAACCGUUUUCAGACAGACUGUGCCGGUUCCCAACGCAUACGGGCCAAUCAGACCCGCCUCAUCAGGCUGCGGUCCUCCUCCCUCACAGACCCAGAGUCCAGAGGAACAGAGCACAGCGGUCGGACCUCUGCUCUCAGAAACACAGUCACUGGUCACGUUCAUGGUUCCAGGAACAGCCUGUGUGUCAUGUUUACAGCUCAAACGGACUCAAACAGCCAGAAGUGUUGGACAUUUACUCAUGUAUCUGUCUCUUUGCUUUGUGGCAUCGUCUGGUAUGAACGUGUUUUAAUACCACGUAUUAUUAGAUCAUAACUGUCCCAUGUGUCGACUGCAGCCUGAGUCCGUGUCUGGAGACACGUCUGCACAAUGAGGCCAUCAGCUCCACACGUACCUAGAUGGAUGAGGCUCUGCCACCGUGGAGCUGCCGUGUCCCACAGACACCCCGCGUCUAAUUACAUGUCCAAUCUACUGAUCAGCUGGAUUCACACGACUGACGGCACUGACGAGCGUCUGCGUGAUGUCGGAUCCUGAAGCACUGACGGUCAGUGGACGCCCAGAGCUGACGGUUCAAACCCCUUCUGAACAGACGACAGACCCUUAAGGGAUCGUCUCAACAUUCAGAUGUUUUCCAUCGCCCCCCAUCGCCCCCUCCACCCAACAGGGACCUGCAGCGCACAGAGUUACAUCAGAGAGGAGGAGAUGAGGGAGGAAAAUUCUUCGAGUAUGACCAAACGCUGCUGCUCUCCUCCCCUCGCGCUCUCUUUAUUUCAUGGCGUUCUGUGCACCCCCUCCCUCCCCCUGGUUCCGUGGGUCAGUCCAUGGGAGCUGCACAGAGCUGGACAGAAGCAGACUGAGGAAGACUGAGGUCACAGGGGGAAGAGAAGAUCUGAGUGAACCUAAGGACAGCAGCUGACAGAGAGGCCUUCACCCUGAAGACCUGAGGAAAAGAGCCUGAAAAUCCUGGAAACAAUCAGCUUCAAUUCAAGCAAAGAGCUUUAAUCUGCUCUGAUUUCCUGGGCAGGAAAACGGUCCCACAUCUUUCCCUUCCCUCGUUUUCCCAAACAACCACAGGGAUUGUUUUCCUGGCGAUGUUGGCCUUCAUCCCUUCGCUCGUCCUCCUCCUGGCUGUCCCGAGCCUCCUGAACGCAGCAUCCUCCCAGGAGUUACAGGUGGGAGGUGGCAGCACGUCGAGGGAGGCGGCGCUGGACUCCGUCACGGUGGUGAUCUCAGAGGCCUGUGCCACUCAGGGGGAUUCUUCUGAUGUGAGCCAAGCAGGCAAAGAAAUCAGUCUGGCUGCAGGUUCUCCUCUGGUUCUGACCCACAAGAUCAAACUGGUUCCCUGGCCCGGCUCCAGCUCCGCGGCCUGCGGCUGCGAGGCGGACCUCGCUGCCCUGCGGCAGCGGCUGGAGCGCUUGGAGCGGGAGGUGUCGGCCCUCAGGGAGAAAUGUGGAGGCGCCGACGGCGGCUGCUGCACCUCCAAGGAGAGCAAAGGUGCAGGCUGCUCCAUUCACUCAGAGGACGAGUGUCCGAACCACUGCAGCGAUCAGGGCCGCUGUGAGGACGGCAGGUGCGUGUGCUUCCCCGGUUACGGCGGCCCGGACUGCAGCCGCACCGACUGUCCUGGAGACUGCAGCCACAGAGGCAGCUGCGUGAGUGGCCAGUGCGUCUGCGACCCCACCUUCACCGGCCCCGACUGCUCCCAGAGCCGCUGCCCCCACGACUGCAGCCGCCGCGGCAGCUGCGUGGACGGCAGGUGUGUGUGCAGCAGUGGCUUCACUGGUCCCAGCUGUGCAGACCGGGCCUGCGCUGGGAGCUGUCACAGCAGGGGGCGCUGCGUGGACGGGCGCUGCGUCUGCGAUGAAGGCUUCACAGGCGCCGACUGCUCAACCAGAACCUGUCCCAACAACUGCAGCGGGCGUGGGACGUGUGUGGGGGGACAGUGUGUUUGCAGUGCUGGCUCCACCGGACCGGACUGUUCUACCAGAACCUGUCCCAGUAACUGCAGCAACAGAGGUCGUUGUGUCAAAGGAAGGUGCGUGUGCCGGCGUGGCUUCGCGGGACCAGACUGCAGUCGAUGUGACGAGGGAAAGACUGGACCCGACUGUGACACGGUCAUGGCAGGCGUUUCCCAGCUCAGCACUCGAGACAUUAGUGAGACGUCUGCCACUCUGGUCUGGACUCCGCCUGCUGUGCAGUACGACAGCUACCACAUCACCUUCACCAGCCAGAAGGAGAGCGACCAGCAGGUGACCGCCCUGGUGGACGGAGGCCUCUCCUCCUUCACCCAGGCCGGACUGGCCGCCGGUCAGCAGUACACGGUCAUUGUCAGCGGGGAGGUGGGCGGCAGGCGGGGAGCCCAGAGCUCAGCUCACUUCAUGACGCUUAUCCCCAGUCCCACCAACCUCCAAGUCGUAAAGACCACCACCACAUCAGCAGUGGUCCAGUGGGAGAAGCCUCAGGGGGAGAUCGACCAGUACCGUUUGACAGUCGCGCCCAGGGACGGAGCAGGCAAGGAUCAAGUGAUGAGCGUUCCAGCUGACCGGAACUCUGCCCACGUCCUGCAGCUGGACGCCGGACGUGUGUACGACAUCGUCCUGGUUGCAGAGAAGGGCAGGAGUCGUAGCGAACCCGUGAGAGCUCAGGUGGUCCCUGGGAUCUUGUCGAGGCUUUCCGCUGCAGCCUUGAGCAUACAGGUCACACUAGCUCCAGGUCCAAAUAUUGGCAGCGCAGAGCAGGAGUUCAGUUGGUCAACUGACCCACCGGGCAGAGAAGACGUGGCUGACCCUAGCCAUGUUGGAGGUCCUGGUGGAUCCACGGACCCUUCAACCUCUUUAAUUGGAAGAACUAAACCUCUGGUAAGCAAAGCCAUGGCAGGAGGUGGCUCCAAGCUUCGACUACCUGACAGAAACACACUGUUCAAGAAGCCAAAUGUUCCAGGUCGUUUCAAUGCGACCAGGUUUGUAGCCAACGGCAAGAGGUUUGGCUCAGGUCCUCUGAUGAAACCACUUGCUGGAGGUAGGCUGAGGCCACAUAUAGCGCCUGAUAAACCCAAAGCCCCUGUGGAAGACAAGACUGGGCAUUUGACUGAGAGUGACCUGAGCGCUGGCACAUCAAGGCCUGAGAGAACGGAAAACCCAGCUGUCAUGUCUGGACCAAACACAGAGCGACCAGGCCAGCAACAUCACAGCACCUCAGGGUCAACUGGGACUUUGGCCCAAGAGAAAAGAUGUCUGAACAAAAUGAAAGUGACACACAGCAGAUUAGCCCCUAAAGACAGAGGCAGCAGCUGUAGGGAGGACGGAACCGUGGUGGAGAACACAGGCCCAGGCUCCUCAGGUCUAGAUGCUUCAUCCACCCACAGAGAGUCUGACGCUGACUAUUUACCAGAUCCUUCACACAGACUCCUCACUGACACAUUUGACAGUUUAAAUAUCACAAGCUUUUCUGUCCACCUGGUGAAACUGUCCAGUCUGUCUGUAAAGGCAGAAACCGCCAAGAAGCAGAUUAUAGGUGGAUUAAAGUCACAGCCGUCGGUUGCACCGUCAUCAGCUCCACCGUCAAUAAAUUCUGUAAAUGCAUCAUCUUGGAACACAGUCAGGUCAGACUCCGAUGGGCCCAGUGAAGGUUCCACCACGGCUUAUUUAACACACGGGACGUUGCUGCCUUCAGGAGACAGAGAGGUGCGUCGCAACCAGGCAGCACCAAAACGUGGGCGAAACCAGCUUUUAAAAUUUGGGACCUUCCAAAUCAGGAGCCCAGUAAACAGGACACGUCAGCCUCUUGGUUUUAACGUGUUCCCUAAACAAGAGACAGAGACUAGACAGUCGUCUGCAAAUGAAUUCGCUUUGUUUCCAUCUUCCUCUGGCUCAGUAGACAGAAAUGCAGCAGUCAAUGCUAGUAGGGAUGGAGUAACAAAACCUGUGUCCUCUGUGGUUGACCAAGGCCAGAAGAACAAACCUGAGACACGAAGGCAGGUCCCACUUCGACGUCUUCCUCCAAAGCGGGCAUUCAUGCGUCGCCCACUUCCAAACACAGGGCCUCACAACCAGAGUCGGCCAAGUGUGAAGCUCCUCGCUCGUCCCUCUAGACCUGGUCCCAAAGCCGGGACACAGACACAGCCAGCGUCUUCCACAGAACUACCAGCCAUCUCACCUCCUGCCUCCGAAGCCUCCUAUUUACCUGCAGAGCCAGUGAGACAGAGAGAAGCUGAUGGAGCCACCUCCACCACUAACACGGCCAACACUUUAAAUCAGACUGUGAGCCUUCAUAGAACACCUUUGUCCAAGCACCCAACACCCAGAGCUGGGCUUCACCAUGACCUGCAGCGACAUGGUCGACCGUCUACUAACAGAACCCAUCUGAACCUGAGCCAACAUUCAAAUGGAGGCUACAAAACACCGUCUGCAAAGGUGAAUGAGCUCCCAGUGAACUUUGAACUUCCCAGUAUCCCAUUAGGAAACCACAGCAUCCCCAUUGUCCCUGGCUUUGUCCAAGGGGCCAAUGUUAGAAGGUUAGUCGAUGACCGACACUCAACCAUCCAACAUCACACUACCCAGCCUACGCACCAUAAAACCAGCAACUGGGACCACAGUGAUACUGGUAAUGCAGGUCAAAACAGACCCAUCAUUCAGCAAAGUUCAUCCGGUUCAAGAACCGCAUUCCCCAACAAAGAGUCACCAGCUAGAGGUUUGACAGCGCAGCAGCAUAGGCAGCUGAAAAACUACGUCAGUGGAAGCCAUUCAACACAAGGCCAGGACGCCAGGCCUGGACUGGGACCCGGCGCUUCCUCUGCAGGGAUGGGGAGGGAACCUCUGCUCUAUGUGGGAGUGAGGAACCGGACCUCAGAUGGAUUUACACUUGUGUGGGACUCACCACAGGGGAAGUACACAAACUUCAUUGUGACCACAAAAGAGGCUGUAAAGGAUAAAGCACCAAAACUGCAGGACGGUAAAAAAGUCCAACAAGGAGCCUCACAGGACGCAGGACAGCAGCCCAGAGGAGCAGGAGACGGUGCUGGUCCAGAUCAAAACGCCUCGACUCUGAAGGGGGAACGCAGCACCGCUGCUCAGGAGGGGACCCUCACAAACGUUCUCCCUGGUUCCAGUCGCUUGCUGCAGGUCCAGGACCUGUUCCCUCAGACUGACUACACUAUCACCCUGCUGGGAAAAGGUCCGGGCCUCCUGUCCAGACUGCACAAGCUUGUCAUCAGCACAGGCCCGGAGCCUCCGUCUGACAUCGUCUUCAGUGAGGUGACGGAAAACUCUCUGACUGUGUCCUGGACCAAACCAAAGAGUCCAGUCAACGGUUUCAGAGUCACCUACAGCCACUCAGAGGACGCCGACCCGCUGUCCGUGUCCGUGGACUCCCAGGACUCCACCCUGAAGCUCUCGCAGCUCUCGCCCGGCUCUUCCUACGAGGUCAGCGUCGUCUCCCUGCUGGGGCUGGACGAGAGCGACCCCAUCAAAGAGGCCGUGAGCACGCGUGAGUCAGUCCAACUCCCCGACCCUCCAACAGACCUACAGGCUGUAAACGUCACCGACGCCAAAGCCUUGUUGCUCUGGCGCCCGGCGCUGGCUGCUGUCGACCAGUACUCCAUCGUUUACGGCUCGGGUGCAGGUUCAGAGGUGAGAAUCUCUGUGUCUGGGAACUCAGCAGAGCAGCAGCUGAGCGGUCUGGAAGCAUCCACCACCUACACCGUCACGGUCAGCAGCCGGCAGGGCGGUGUGGAGGGUCCUGCAGCCUCCAGCAGCUUCACCACAGCCAGCGGCCCCGCAGACGAGGACGCUCCUCGUGAUCUGCAGGCCAACAACGUGACUCCCCGCGCCGCACGGUUGUCAUGGAAACCACCCUCGAAGCUCAUUGGCAGCUACAGGAUGACCUAUGGGACCGAGGGUCAGGAAAUGAAGGAAGUGACCGUGGAGGCUUCGAUGACCCAGCACCACCUGACCAGGCUGCGACCGGGAGCCAAGUACACGGUGCAGCUGCAGGCAGAGAGAGGAGGACAGCUCCUGCCUACCACCUCCACGGAGUUCACCACCGGACGCCUCAGGUUCCCCUUCCCCAGUGACUGCUCUCAGGAGCUGCUCAACGGCAUCAGGAGGUCGGGCGCCACAGAGAUUUUCCCUCGGGGGAAACUGGUGGCGCCUGUAACGGUGUACUGUGACAUGGAGACGGACGGAGGCGGCUGGACGGUUUUCCAGAGGAGGAAGGACGGCUCUGUGAAUUUCUUCAGAGGGUGGAAGGAUUACGUGAAGGGCUUUGGAGAUCUGAACGGAGAGUUCUGGUUGGGCCUCGACAACCUCCACAACCUGACGGCGAUGAGUAGGAUGAGUCUGCGAGUGGACCUGAGAGACCGCAACGAAUCGGCCUUCGCCACAUACGCGACGUUCGCCGUGGCCCAGAAGAACUACCGGCUGACGGUGGGCGGCUACAGCGGCACCGCAGGCGACUCCCUCAGUUACCACAGCAACAGAAUCUUCUCCACCAGAGACCGGGACCCGCUGCAGUCCAUCACCCGCUGCGCCACGUCGUACCGCGGAGGCUGGUGGUACAGGAACUGCCACGAGGCCAACCUCAACGGCCUGUACGGAGUCAACGUCAAACACCAGGGAGUGAUCUGGACCAGCUGGAGAGGAAAAGAAUUCUCCAUCCCGUUCACCGAGAUGAAGAUGAGACCGGCCGCCUUCAGAGGAUGAACACAGACCAUGAACUGCUGCACAGGUCAACACGCCAGUGUGUUACUGAGGCUCCUCAUGUUUAACCUACAGAUACUGGCUUUGUAAGUCUAUAUAUCAAGCAGGAUCACAUGCAGCUGACUGGACACUCAGCUCAGCAUCCUCCGUCCUCAGGUUCCACAUCAGAGCUGUAGCUUUGUUUGAUGUAAAUAUGUACGUUCACACAACUGACAAUAAAAGGUUGAUGCAAGAAACA